UGCGCCACUCAACCAUCAUGGAGAACUAACAAAACUGGGCUGUUGAAUGGCUGAAUUUCCCAUUGAUCCCAUGAUGGCAAAAAUGAUCCUUGCAUCAGAAAAGUAUAAGUGCUCAGAAGAGUUUCUGACUAUUGCUGAAGUGCUUCCUGUAAAUUGUGCCAUUUUCUACAGACCCAAGGACAAGAGAGUCGAUGCUGAUACUGCACAACACAGCCUCUUUACACCAGGUGGUGAUCAUCUCAUGCUGCUGAAUAUUGACACACAGUGGUGUUAUGCGAAUUUCUUGCAGCAUCACUCUCUGAAACGUGGACGCGACUUACGUGAUCAGUUGAUGGGGCUCAUGGCACGUGUUGAUAUAGAUCUGGUUUCAGAAGCAGGUGACACUGUUGGAAUCAGGAAGGUAACCCAAAGUAAAAUCUAACAAUACAUACAGAUAGGACCCUCGUAUUUCUGCAUUCAGACAUUCAGUUUCAUUAGUCUCAGUCUGCAACGAGCUGUGAAUCUGAGAAAUGUUUUUAGUAAAAUAUAAGCACAGUGUAACAGUUUCGGUGCAUUUUCUCCCUUUUAUUCCAUUCUCUUGAAAAAUGUAAGAGUUAA